UUGGAGAGUACUUCAAGAACAUUGGAAGAAUCUUGAAGUGGUAUAAGAGGCUUUUGCACACUGAAACAGAGGAGAAAAAUGCUCCGUCUGCAGAGGGUCGAAAGGAAUUGCUAUGAUCCAUCUCUACAACCAGAAAAAAUUUUGCUAAAACCGACUGUCACUCGUCUCGGACGCAGUGAUGAAUAUUCAGAUGUUGUUAUUGACAGUGUGAUAUCUCCUUUAAUGAUCAGUCGUGUUCACGCUGAAAUUCAUUUCAGCAAUGGAAAAUUCAGAAUUAAUUGUAAAGGACUGAACGGGCUGCUAGUCAACAAAACAAAGCGUAGCUCUGCUGUCCUAUGCGAUGGUGAUGUUGUUGUUUUUGGAGGUGCUGGCGUUAAAACGAAAGAAGGACAGAGUUUGUCAGCCUACGAUUCGGAGCUUGUGUAUGUUUUUAAUGAGGUCUGCCAGAAUGAUUCUGAAGAAGUGGGCUCCCUUGGGGAAGGAACAAGCGAUGGAAGCGUGCGAAGGCGAAGCAAACGGAAAAAGCCCGCAUCACUAAGUGAAGGAGUGAGCUCUCCAUGUGAAAAGAAGACUAAAGGCAGCAUGGACGAUAAGCAGGUUUUUGAUCAAAAAGCUGAUCCACAGGAAGAAGUAAACAUCACUGAAGUAGAUGAAAGCAGAUCAAAGAAGUGCUUGAAAGAUUUAAAUGAGGAGCUACUUUGUUGUAUCUGUCGUGAACUGAUAGUAUUGGCACACACUUUGCCUUGCUCACACACUUUCUGUUUUGGUUGUAUCAGGGACUGGCUUUGUCAUUCAAAAGACUGUCCAAACUGUAGAGCAAAGGCUCAACUCAAGUCUGCUGUACCAGUGAAG